GUUACGUGCAAAUGUAGCGCCGAAUUGACGUCUUACGUGGUAAUUUCUGUUAGCCGCUCGCUCUCCAACUUGUGCAUUAAAUACGCGCAUCCAAAUUGAAUUUCGGACCAUGUUUCAAUCAAUGUACGUAUUACGUUGACAUUCGAAUGUUUCUCUCGCGAACGUAACCAUGUCGAAGCCGAAGCCGUUUCCACAUAACCUCAACCAGUGGGAUUCAUGUGAGAAUCCUUUGGCCCCAUUGACGGAAUGUCAGAAGGAUUGCCUGUCAAGCCUAGAAACUGUCGUCACUUCGUAUUUCCCAUCGUGGAAUCCGCAGAGCGAUUCAAUCAGCGGCGGCGACGACGAGAAGGCGCAGCGGGACUCACAGGACACGCUUCCCAUUGAGAGAUACCAGGAGUUACUUCAGCACUACCUGUCCUUGGAGAGAAAGUACGUGUCCAUGUACGACAUGAAGUACAAUCUGUACCUGAACGAGCUCAAGUCGAGGAGGUCCGAGUGCGAGAAGGUCUGUUCUCAGAUAGAAGAUGCGUUAAACGAUUUCUCCGCGCUAUACAAACAGUACACCGAAGUAUCCGGCAAGACCACCUCUCUGUACGAGGCCAGUGAGCAGCUGAUCUCCGACCAGAAGCAGCUGAACGCGACGAUCGACAGCAUCACGGAAUACGUCAGGUACUUCAAGGAGAUCGACGUGAUCAGUGAGAAGCUGGACGCCCCUACCUUGUCGGUCAACAGCGAAAUGUUCUUCAAUAUACUGGAGAAGAUCGACACGAACAUCAACUUCAUGCAGAACAAUUCGUCGUACAACGAGAGCGGCGUUUACCUCGUGCGGUACAGGCACUGCCAGUCGAAGGCGAUCGCGCUGAUACAGAACUACAUCUUCAAUCUGUUCUCGAAGACGACGGAGAGCAUCUUGAACUUGAAGGACAGCGAGGGCACACCGGAGAACGCGGACGCAGCCUUGGCUCUGUUCUACGGCAGGUUUCAGACGAUCCUGUCGAAGACGAAGCCGGUGAUCGAGCAGGUGGAGGGCAAGUCGUACAAGAGGCAAGAGUACGACAGCUUGUUGCUCGAGUGCCAUCAGUAUUACUGGAGCCAGCGAGGCCUCGUGUUAGGUGCGAGCAUACAGAAGUCCCUGAACUCCGUCAGGGAGAAGUACAACGGCGACCACUGCAGCCUGGUGCGACACGCGUGCGCCCUGCUGCUGCACGCCUCGAUAGACGAGCACCGGCUGUUCUACGAGUUCUUCUCGAAGCAAUCGAGCGGACUGACCGCCUACCUGGAGAGCCUGUGCACCUCGCUCUACGACGCCCUGAGACCUUUCAUCAUACACAUCAACCAUCUGGAGACGCUGGCCGAGAUCUGCUGCAUCCUGCGGAUCGAGAUGUUGGACGAGCACGUGCAGAACAACUUCGAGCCGCUGGAGGGCUUCGGCAACAUCUGCCUGCAGCUGCUGCACGACGUUCAGGAGAGGCUGGUGUUCCGCGCCCAUCUCUAUCUGCAGUCCGACGUGCUCAACUACAACCCGUCCGCGGGCGACCUGGCCUACCCGGAGAAGUUGAAGAUGAUGGAGGACAUCGCGGAGUCGAUCAGGGAGGAGACUCGGCAGAGCCGCAUGAAGAAGAUCUCGGUCUCGUCCACCGACAGCUCCGCCCUGGAGCCGGUCUCUCGCAAUCACAUCGUCAUCGACUCCAUCUACCAGAAGACGCACAUGGGGAAUUCGCCGGCGGACCUGCACGGCAUGUGGUACCCCACGGUCCGCAGGACCCUGGUCUGCCUGUCGAGGCUCUACCGCUGCGUGGACAGGUCGGUGUUCCAGUCGCUCAGCCAGGAGGCCAUCUGCCUCUGCGUUCAGAGCAUCGAGAACGCCAGGCAGGAGAUCGAGAGGAGAGCGAGCACCUUGGACGCCGAACUCUUCCAGAUAAAGCACCUGCUGAUCCUCCGGGAGCAGAUCGCCCCCUUCCAAGUGGACUUCACCAUCAAAGAGUACAGCUUGGACUUCUCCAAGGUGAAGACCGCCGCGUUCGGAUUGCUGGAGAAGAGCUCCCGGCUGUUCACCUUGUCGAACAACGCGCUGCUGCAGUUCCUCUUGGAAGGCGCGCCCCAGAUGAAGGAGCAGCUCAUCGACUCGCGGAAGCACGUGGACGCGAAGCUGAAAUUCACCUGCCAGCGGCUGAUACAGCACGCGACUUACCUGCUGAUAUUCCCGGUCGUCAAGUUGCUGGAGAAGGACAAGCUGCACGAGGCGACCGGCCAGGGGGACGCGCUGGGCGGUGCGCGGGAAGUCGCGGCCAUAGUAGCCGAUGUGCUGAGGGUCAUCAAGUUCAAGUGCCCGGAGAUACAGCAGUCGAUGCAGCUGUACUUGGCCAACAAGGAGACCGAGUUCAUCCUCUUCAAGCCGGUGAAGAAUAACAUUUGCGCCGCGUUCACGCAGCUGCAUCAGGCCUUGAAUAAGUAUUAUAACGCGGAGGACCUCCUCUUGAUCGCCUGUCCACUGCCGGAGCAGAUCUCCGUCAUGCUGAGCUCGACCACGCUUACUCAGGGCAAGUCGAAUCGAGAUUCUUUCUCGCAACCCACUUUAAAGAGAUCGCAGUCGGUCACUAAACAAGAUGUUUAAACUACGCUGUUUGUCGUUUCACUUUUUCAUUCGGAGGAAGUGAAGUCUAGCUCUGGCAGCUGAAAUUUAUCAACCGCGGUAGCUGUUCGAGAUAAAAUGCAUUUGCUGGGAGAUACAACUGCAGUGUUUGCUGUGGCGCUUUAAUUCGAACAGCUAACACAUUUAGCUGCGGUGGCAACGACGUUAGUUGUUCCUUUUUCUGCUCCUAAAGUUCAUUCUUUCUCUGAAUGUGUCUGUGUAAAUCGAGUAAUUUCUACACGCGUGUCCGGUAGAUAAAUUUGCGAAAUUCACAAAUUCAUGUAAUCAAAAGUCGCGAGUAAUAACGUAUAUUUUCGCAUUAGCUGAUUUUGUCUCUCAUUUCCCUGAUAUUGUAUAUAUUAGCCAUACUCGAGUAUCGGAAUAAUUUAGCAAAGUAAUUAGAUAUUCAAGAAAUACCCGAAAGUUUCGGUAUCCGGGUAAUACUAAAGUAUCCGACUAUUCAGAUGUUGAUUCAGAUAUUGACUAUAUCUGCAAUAGGAUAGCCAGAGAAUAAUAUUAUUAUUGUAAUUGUACAAAGUGCAGUAAUAACUAUAGAGAAUAUUUAUGAUAAAAGUUUUUUAAAGGUCAAAGGUAAUAAUAUAGGUAAUAAUGCAGAGGUAAUAAUAUAAAAAACAAUUUUAAUUAUUCCUUUUAUCAUACACAUAAAUAAUUUAA